GGUGUUCCGGAAAUAAUUCCACUGCUUUCCGUUCUUCUCGAUAUAAGAGAAACCAUCGUUGUCAACUGCCUCAGUUCAGCUCUUGCCAUCAUUGUUCUUGAAUGAUGCUGUCUUCAAUUACAGUCGUCGUAUUCACCUUGUGUUUCUCUAAAGCAUACUCAGAGUACCAUCAUGGGUACGGACAACAACAACAACAGCAACUUCAAACAGUACCAGAUUUCGAAUCUUACGGAAAAAUAGAGUACCCACAUUUCGAUAUUAUUGAGCUUGGGUCAUACCAAAAAGGAGAUAUCCCACCAAAGACUAUACAUCUGACGAAAAAAAUUGUAAUAAAAGAACCGAAACCAUAUCCAGUCAAAGUACCACAUCCAGUACCAUAUCCUGUACCUCACAAGGUACCGUACCCUGUCGUACACACGGAGCUUGUCAAAGUACCACAUCCAGUACCUUACCCCGUAACAAAAACAGUACCAGUACCAGUGGAAGUACCUAAACCAUAUCCUGUACCAUCGCAUGAAUUGCAAGAUUCUGGUGAAGGUCAAUCAGGUUAUGGUGGAGGUCAAAACGGAGGUGAUCAAGGUAACUAUGCUGAGUUCAACCAGCAGUCAGGAGGAGAGCAAGACUAUGGUAGUCAAGACUCUUACAACCAGGCUCAAUUAACUUAUGGUGUACCCCAGCAAGUUCCAGGAAAACCUUUGGGUAUCUCUGAGUAUCAGAGUCAAAACCAAAAUUACCAGGUGAAUUACCAGGUGGACCACCAAGGAGACUUUUCGGGGCAUCAGGAGGAGCCUCAGCAUGAUCAGUCUGUUAAUUAUGCAGCAUUGUUAGUUCCAGUACAGAAUCAGAACAGUGAAGAACAGACUCUGCAUCAAGAAUACCAACAGACUGAUAAACAAUAAUUUAAUAUUUUUAAUGUACUGUUUUUUUUUUGUAAAUAUUUUGUUGAAUAAAAUGUGUUAAGUUUUAA